AUGUCGGCCACCAACCUAGCUAUUCUCCUAAGUAAGCAGCCGGCCUACCAAAGCUACGAACAUCACGCGGCCGGCCUUCUAAGUUGUAACUUAGAGUGGAGAAGGGAAGGAGAAGCGGCCAGAAAGAGCUAGAGAUGGCGGAGACGGUGGUGAGCAUGGCGAGGUCCAUGCUUGGGGGCGCCAUCAGCAUGGCCGCCUCUGCCGCCGCCACCGAGAUGAGUCUUCUCAUCGGAGUCCGCAAGGACAUCUGGUUCAUAAAAGACGAGCUCAAGACGAUGCAAGCAUUCCUCGUGGCUGCCGAGAAAACAAAGAAGAAAAACAUGCUACUGAAGGUGUGGGCAGAGCAAGUAAGAGAUCUAGCAUAUGGUAUUGAGGAUUGUCUUGAUGAAUUUAUGGUGCAUGUGGGAAGCCAGAGCCGUUCUCGACGGCUGCUUAAGCUGAACGAUCGGCAUCGGAUUGCCAGCCAAAUCCGUGAUCUCAAAGCAAGAGUUGAAGAAGUGAGCAAUAGGAAUGCACGCUAUAACUUGAUCAACGCUGAUGCCUCCAGCAACAUUGACGAGGUGAAUGCCAGCAUGGAAGAUGUUCGUAGCCACUCAGCUGGUAACAUUGAUGAGGCAGAGCUUGUGGGCUUUGUUAAGCCUAAAGAGGAGUUGAUUAAGAUGGUGGAUGUUAACUCCAGAGAUGGUCUUUCCAAGGUGAUAUGUGUCGUUGGCAUGGGCGGUUUAGGCAAGACUACUCUAGCAAGGAAGGCAUAUGCUAGCAAGGAAGAUAUUGUGAAUAAAUUUGCUUGUUGUGCUUGGGUCACAGUCUCACAGUCAUUUUCGAAGAUAGAGAUGCUCAAGGAGAUGAUAAGUCAACUUUUGGGUACCGAGUCACUGAGGAAAUGCUUGAAAGAACUUGAACAGAAGGCAGUGCAAGUAGAGCAUCUCGCCAACUACCUCAGAGAAAAGCUAGAGGACAAGAGAUACUUUAUUGUUCUUGAUGACCUGUGGACCAUAGAUGCUUGGAAUUGGAUCAAAUAUAUUGCUUUUCCUAUUAGAAACAAUAAAGGUAGCCGAAUAAUAGUAACAACACGAGAUGUGGGCUUGGCUGCACAGUGCACUUCAGAAUCACUUAUCUACCACCUUAAGCACCUGCAAAUAGAAGAUGCCACAAAUUUGCUACUAAGAAAGAGUGGGAAAACACGGGAAGACAUGAAAAAUGAUAAGAAAAUGAUGGCAGUGGUCAACAAAAUAGUAAAGAAGUGUGGUGGUCUACCGCUGGCUAUACUCACUAUAGGAGGCAUGCUUAGCAACAAAAAGGCAACAGAGUGGGAAAGUAUCUAUACACAAAUCCCAUCAGAGCUUGAGAGCAACCCUAGCCUAGAAGCAAUGAGGAGGAUAGUUACUCUAAGCUACAACAACUUGCCGUCUCAUCUCAAGUCAUGCUUUCUUUAUCUAAGCAUCUUUCCUGAGGAUUUUGAAAUCAAAAGGAGGCGUUUGGUAGAUAGAUGGAUAACAGAGGGGUUUGUUAGAGCCAGAGGUGGAGUAAACAUCGAAGAUGUUGGAAUAAGUUAUUUCACCGAGCUAAUCAACCGAAGCAUGAUUCAGCCCUCAAAAGUGAGCAUAGAAGGACAUGUUAAGAGUUGUCGAGUCCAUGAUAUCAUGCAUGAUGUGAUGGUCUCGAUAUCCAGGGAAGAAAAUUUUGUGUAUUUGGCAGGAGAUAAUGCAACUACUGUAUCAGAGGGGAACUUCCGUCAUGUAGCAUACAAUGGUAGUAAGUGCCAAAAAUUAGGCAUGGAUUGUAGCCAUGUUCGUUCAUUAACCAUGUUUGGUGAGAAAUCAUUGGAUCCAUCACCUUCAGUUUGUUCAUCUGACAUGAGAAUGCUCCGGGCCUUGGAUCUAGAGAAUGCACAGUUUCAAGUCACACAAAAGGAUAUCAGCAACAUAGGAUUGUUGCGGCACUUGAAGUAUGUGAAUUUUUCUGAUCCUCAAGGAUAUUCACAUAUUUACAAACUUCCUAGAUCCAUAGGGAAAUUGCAAGGCUUACGUACUUUGGACAUAAGAGGUAGUUAUAUUACAAAACUGCCAACUGAGAUUUGUAAACUCAAGAGUCUACACAGUCUCCGUUUUACCACAAAUGGUUCCUACGAAUACUUUGACUUGGAUGACCCCAAGAAUUGCUUGCUGGCCACAUCUUGUCUACCCAUAUUUUUCACACCUUUGUUUGAUCCCAGUGAUCGUGCUGAGGUAAUUGCCGAGCUACACAUGGCAUGGUGUAGCCAUUGGUCAGAGUCAGAUGGUGUGAGGGUGCCAAAAGGAAUCAGCAAACUGAAAGAGCUGCAAGUACUAGAGGUUGUGGACAUCAACCGAACCAGUGGCAAAGCAAUUAAAGAGCUAGGUGAGCUUGUGCAGCUGAGAAAACUAAGCGUGGUAACACAAGGGGCCACCAAGCAGAAAUGUGAAGUACUCUGUGAUGCCAUUCAGAAGCUCACUUGCCUCCGCUCCCUUGAAGUGCAUGGUUCACUCGAGUGGAUGCAUGUUGUUUCCUCUCCUCCACCCCUGUUGAGGAGUCUGAAGUUGGAGGGAUGCCUCGGAGAGGUUCCUGGCUGGUUUGGCAAUCUGAUGCAUUUGGUAAAGCUUCACUUAUGGAGCAGCGAGAUAAAGGAAGAAGGUAAAAUCAUGGAAAUACUAGGGCCACUUCCCAACCUCAUGCAUCUUCGCCUUGAAAAAGGCUCUUAUAUUGGGAAGAAGUUAGGAUUCAAAACGGGAGCAUUUCCAAAUCUCAAAAAGCUUGAUAUUUUGUAUCUCGAGCAAGUGAGAGAGUUGAUAUUCGAGGAGGGCACCUCGCCCCAGCUGGGAAAGAUAGAAAUCACUUUCUGCUGGUUGGAAUCAGGGAUUAACAGUAUCGACAACCUUGCAAGUCUCAAGGAGAUUUGGCUUAAUUGGUAUGCGCAAGUGGCCAGGCUUGGUGUGUUGCAACGUGAAGUGGACGCGCACCCCAACAAUCCCGUGCUGCGGCUGCAGAAGGAACGGAGCUACCACGACCUGGAUGAAGGAACGGAGGGGGAGGAAUCAUCAUCUCUCCAUCCCGAGCAUGCAGCAACGGGGGAAGCCUCCUCCUCGCAGGUGGCGGUCGUGACGACGGGGAGCCACAGCAGGCAAGACCCUGACAUAAGGGAGGUCCAAGGCUCUACUUUGGUGGAAGACGAUUUCUGGUCCUGCAAUUCCGACGACGACGACGCUUGAUGAUUGGUCGAUGCUGCUCCCUUUGUUCAGAUCCAUUGCUGCUUCUCGAAGACUCCCGUGCGCACAGGCCGACGCCUGCGCUGGUACCCAUAGGAGGUUCUACUACGGAUGAUUUUCCCUUCGCGUUGCUUCUGAAUUUCUGAUUGCUCCCGCAGUCUUCUGAUGCCAUGUUGGUGCAGCUCAAACCUCCUUCGAUUUUGUUUGAUUCCAUCUGAUUUCUGGUGAUAUUUGUCAGACUUUCUUUCGUGCACACCAACCGUUCAUCUCAACGUCUGCAAGAGAUUAUAUCUGAAUGUAAAACCGAUCACAAUUAUCUUUUAGAUGCAUAAAAUCUGCUUCAGUGCAAUGUCGUUACUUCCAUUGCUAUUUAUCUGGAGGACAUGUGAAGCUUAUAUGUUAUAGUUCCCUGACUCCAGCCUGCAGGAGGAACCGGAGCAACUCUGCUAGAUGAGGAGGAGCAGGGAGCUUCGCAACCAUCCUGUGCUGCCAAGGGAUACUGAAUAAUAUCAAGCGAAGUCGGAAGUCAUGGGAUUUCUUUCUGAUCCAGGAGGGAGUUAACAUGCUCAACACUGGACAGUCCGACUCUGAAGUGUGAUAGCUGGUCAAUUAAGCAAUCGGGGAGGGAAAUGCAAUGGACUAUACAAGAAAAUAUACCACUAUCAAUUAAGGUGCAUUGUUAUGAUGCAAUUGGUCAUUGUGUUUAACUUCCUUGUUCGCUGCCAAUGUCAGAGCAGUAGUCUUUUGUUGUCUCUUACAGCAAAGAUGACAUUGGCUGUAGCCUGCAGGAAAUUAGAAUUUUGCAAAUCUGGGAGAAGAUGGAACGUCGCAUGAUCAAACUCAUGAUGCAAUUACUGCGACUUAUGGCGGCGCAUUACCUGAUUUUCUGCCAAAGUUGUAUAAUAUCAAAGAGACAACUGGAGGAAGGUAUAAGUAUAACCCAAUGGAAGUACUAGAGGCAUCUUGAUACUUAGGAGGAGCUGGAGCAACUCUGACAGAUGAGAUUUGAGCGUGAUGCAUACUUCUGCAACUGAUGAAAUGUUCUGAAGUAUGGACUGUGAUCGACCUGAUAACUGCUGGGGAGAAGUCGUGGAAAAUGCAAUGGGCUACACCACGCAAGAUGCUGCUACUGCUUAAGGUGCAUAUACGUACAGUUAUGCCGCAAUUCGCCGUCGCGCUCAGCUCUCCAAGUUCUCUGCUGGGUGGUAGCUUCCGAUAUGGUGCAAGGUGAACCUGAGAGGCGUCUUGACAUCUCUGAACUACGAAUGGAAGAGAAACGCAUUGAUCUCGAGGCUUCAGUGUAAUGGAGAGGAGUAGCAAGCUGCACUGCUCCUCAGGAGUUUACGAGUUGUUACUGUUGGCCUAGAUGAGAAAACGCUUCUUGAGGAACACAAUCGAAUCGAAUGGCUGAUCCACCUGAUCAGAGCCUGCAAUUUUGAAUCAGACCUACUCUGCUUUUCCAGAGAUGUUUAGUUCCUGUCUGUUACUGCCACUAUGCUUGUGCUUGCUUGUAAUCAAAGAAUGAGGAUUACAUGUGUUGUUA